AACAAGAAUUCCACCAAAAGAAGGCAGUGCUGAGCAAGAGAAAGAACCCAUUUGAGUGAACCUUGAUGUAAUGAUCAUGGCACUAAAGAUGCUAAUGGGAGCCAGUUCCUCUGUGAAGGCAAUUUUACAAACUGCAAUUUUUGGCCAUUCUUGGGAAAUACUACUCAGACCUCAGGCCCCUCUGAGGAGCUUCUGUGUGUAUCACAUAGAUCCUCCAGCAGCUAUGUAUGGUGGACGACACACGGUGACCAUGAUUCCCGGAGAUGGCGUUGGGCCUGAACUUAUGAUGCACGUCAAGUCUGUGUUUAAAUAUGCGAGUGUGCCCGUGGACUUUGAGGAAGUGCUGGUGAACUCCACGUCUAGUGAAGAGGAAGUUCACAACGCUAUCAUGGCUAUCCGUCGAAACCGUGUGGCUUUGAAGGGCAACAUCGAAACCGAUCACAACCUGCCACCUUCUUACAAAUCCCGCAACAGUAUGCUUCGCACCACCCUAGAUCUCUAUGCCAAUGUCAUUCAUUUCAAGAAUCUGCCAAACGUGCAGACCCGGCACAAGAACAUAGACAUCUUAGUUGUUCGGGAAAAUACAGAGGGCGAGUAUAGCAACCUGGAGCAUGAGAGUAGGAAAGGAGUGAUUGAGAGUCUGAAGAUCAUUACCAAGGCCAGUUCUAUGCGCAUUGCUGAAUAUGCCUUCCAGCUGGCCCAGAAGAUGGGGCGUAAAAAAGUGACAGCUGUGCACAAGGCCAACAUCAUGAAACUGGGAGAUGGACUCUUCCUCCAGUGCUGUCGUGAGGUGUCAUCCCGCUAUCCUCAGCUCAUCUUAGAAGGCAUGAUUGUGGACAAUGCUACCAUGCAGCUGGUAUCCCGACCCCAACAGUUUGAUGUCAUGGUAAUGCCCAAUCUUUAUGGCAACGUCAUUAACAAUAUCUGCACAGGGUUGGUUGGGGGGCCUGGCCUGGUACCUGGAGCCAACUAUGGUCGCUUAUAUGCAAUAUUUGAGACAGCUUCAAGGCAUACGGCCAAGAAUUUAGCUCACAAGAAUAUCGCCAACCCUACGGCCAUGCUGCUGGCAAGUUGCAUUAUGCUGGAUUACCUCAAACUCCAUUCCCAUGCCACCCGCAUUCGUACUGCAGUCUUAGAAUCCAUAGGCAAUAAAAAUAUCCAGACCCCAGACAUCGGAGGCCAGGGUACCACGUUGGACAUCAUUCACAACAUCAUGGAAAACGUUCAAGGUUUCAAGUAGAUGAUCAGUGCCUUGGAAUCUGUUAUUACCCAAAGUCCUUCCUAUCUUCCUCUUUACCCAUUCACCCGCCACACCUAAUCCUUGCCAGCAAGGCUAAUGUACAGAAUAAACCAUCUGUUCCAAUUCAGGAGAAGAAGUGCAUCAAGACUGAUUUUUCCCCAUUAAAUUAAAAUUCCAUAAACAUUGCUUAUUUAAAUUAGACAAACCUAUUGCAUUGUAAACGAUUUGUGGACAUUCUUUCUAUUUUAAUCAGUGAUUCUCACCUCUCUAUGAAUAAAUCAGAGCUGUUUGUGCAAUCCAAAGGGCUUUCCCAGGACCUAGUGCACUGAUUUUCUUUUAUCUGUGUCAUUAAAAUUCAGUAAACCAGCCUA